AUGAUUACAACGGAUAUUUGUCGCGUGUGUAUGGAUGACAAUUGGGACGCUUUCAAUUCACUGUUCAACCCGAGGGUAGAAGUCCCGGUAACUCCGGCAGUCAUGAUUUCCUAUUGCGCCGGAAUUUCGGUCGAACAGGAUGAUGGUGUACCGGGAGUGGCUUGCACGGAAUGCCUGAAUGCCCUUCGCGAGGCAUUCAAGAUUCGAGAAGAGUGUCGCAAGGUGGACCGGAAGCUGAUGAAGAUUUUGAACAUGAUCCGACCUGAAUUUUCAAUUGAUCAAAGAUGCAGCCAGGAAGCUCUGGAAGAGAUUCAGGACAUUCCGGAGAUCACUGAAACUCCCGUUGAGCACAUGAAACAGGAGGAAAUCCAAGAACUGCUGCAUUUCGGACAUGAAUAUCUAGUUGAAGAAUUAAAAGAAUCGAAUGAAGAGGCUGUAGAUGAUAGUCAAAGACUUGAUAUGUCGCCUCCUCUUCCACUGUUGGUCGCAGAGGGAAGCAACGCUUUAGACGAAGCCCUGGUCUACGAAGACAUGGAAGACCUUUGGUAG